UUCUCAAGAGACCGACAAAGAUGCCCACCAGGUUCAGCAAGAACAGGAAGGCGCGAGGACACGUUUCGGCUGGUAACGGUCGUAUCGGCAAGCACCGCAAGCACCCAGGUGGUCGUGGUCUCGCCGGUGGCCAGCACCACCACCGAAUCAACAUGGACAAGUACCACCCUGGUUACUUCGGAAAGGUCGGUAUGCGCCACUACCACUGGACCAGGAACUCGUACUACUGCCCCGUCAUGAACCUUGACAAGCUCUGGACCCUCGUUCCCGCCGAGCAGCGCAAGGGGCUCACGGCUGACAGCAAGGAGGUUCCCGUCAUUGACGUCGUCGCCGCCGGUUACAGCAAGGUGCUGGCCAAGGGCCGUCUGCCCCAGCUGCCGUGCAUCGUCAAGGCUCGUUGGGUUUCGGAGUUGGCAGAGAAGAAGAUCAAGGAGGCCGGCGGUGUCGUCAAGCUCGUCGCAUAAUUCUCCUCGAUUUCCUAGCUUCUCCUAUCGCCUCUCUCUCAUCCUCCCAAAACGAAGAGCUCGAGACUCGCAUGUACAAACUAACACACUCACAUCCACACAACUAUAUGCC